GGUAAGGUGGAUUUAUCCGGGCAUGUGCUUCUCACUCUUUCGAUACCACCGGAGCUUGUAGUUCAAGAGGUUUGAAACUUGUUCAAUUGAUCGAGUCGAAAGAAGAGGACUGCAUGAUCUGGAAUGCUUGAAUGUGUUUCUUAUUUAAGAAAAAAAUGGCGUCAGGAGUGUACUGUGUUUCGUUCGCUUUUGGUGUUUUUUUCUUCGUGACAUCGCCGUCAUACGGGGCAGGGAGUCUGAAUACUGAAGGAAAACUCUUGCGUGAACUGACCGACCCGUCGGUGUAUGAAAGAGCUGUUAGGCCAGUUCACAACGUGUCUGAUGCGGUGGUUGUGUCCGUCAGACUUUCACUCGAGAACUUCCAACUGGACAGCAGCACAGAGACACUAGAAUUUUUCGCUUAUGUAUGGUUGGGAUGGACGGAUGAGUUAUUGCGAUGGAAUGAGUCCAAGUAUGACGGGUUGAUAUCAAUGUUAGUUCCUGUGGAUAAGAUCUGGUUGCCAGAUAUGAGCAUCUUCAACAGAAUUGACCCUGAACAACUGUUUGAAACUCAACCAUCAGCCAAAGCAAUCUUGUCAUCAAACGGAAAAAUAGACUGGAUACCUGGUGGUGUAUUCUCUGUCAAGUGUAGGAUGAAAAUGACCAAGUUCCCAUUCGAUGAACAGGAAUGUAAGAUCAUAAUUGGUAGUUACGCUCAUGAUUCCAAGAAACUCCGAGUGGUGAGAGGAGUUAAAAACAUUAAAAAAAUUGUAAUUAAUAACGGAGCAUGGUCAUAUAGGGAACAUGACGCUGUCGAACUAUAUGAUUACGGUGAGAGUUUGUUACUUUGGGAGCUGUAUACAGUUACUCUAAACUUCAAGCGUAAACCUGCGUUCUAUAUAUUGAAUAUCCUGAUCCCAUGUGUGGCCAUAUCCUUUCUGGUCCUACUAGUGUUCUGCCUACCUUGUCAGUCUGGGGAGAAGAUUUCACUCUGUACUACAACACUGGUGGCACUAACCGUCUUCCAGAUGACAACAUCGGACAUCAUACCAAAGACUACGAACGAAACGCCAAUCAUAGUAAUCUAUCUCACCGCCCUGACAGCUAUGUCUGCUGUCUCGACUAUACUGACUGUGUUUGUACUGAAGGUGUUCUAUACACCAGUCGACCGAGAUAUGUCACCCAUGUUGGUGACUAUCGUCCGUGGCCUUGCAAAGAUCACUUGUAACACGGACAUCACCCAGCAAAAAUCGCUUCCUUCUGGCUCAGGUUCGUCUGGAUCACAACUGCAUAAUUCGCGGACGGAAGAAAGCCAGAACGAUUUGACUAAUGGGAAAAAACCUCUGCAUGAUUUUGCCACCGAUCAUGACGGGUUAUUGCGUGAAAAAACGCGUCUCACUUGGCCGAUCGUUGCACGGAUUAUUGACACGUUCCUCAUGUUAGUGUUUGUAAUUUCGAUGUUCACCAUAACUUCCACCAGUCUCGCUCUCAUAUGUUCUUAGCGGCAUAUAGUCACAUGACCGUGCAGACGUGCGAAGACACGUAU